UGAGCAGUCAGCUGGGCUGUGCAUGAGGACCUGACACCUUUAAGAACAGAAGUGGGCGGGAACUGGAAGUCCUGCAGGCUGCAGACUUCUGGGAAAGGCAGAUUUUCUUGUAUUGCUGAACUGCGGAGACUUCAACAUGCUUGCAUCAAGUUACAGAGACUGUCAGGCCUGGAGGGCUGAGGGUCUGCCACUGUCCACCAGCAGCAAUGAGGCCUGCAAACUGUAUGAUGCCCUGCUCACUCAGUAUGUUAAAUGGCGUAAUGAUGAAACCCUGGGAGGCUUCGAAGGCUGUAUUUCUGCUAUCCAGGCAGCAGACCCCAACUUUGUUAUGGGUCAUGUGAUCAGCACGGGACUGGAGUUGGUUGGAACCACCAGCUCCACCCGCGUGAACGAGCGCCUCGCCAGCGCAGUGAGGCGAACGGUGGCGCUGGCCAACAGCCAGGACAUCACACCACGAGAAAAGCUGCACGUCAAAGCCAUGGAACUGUUUUCACAUGGAAAUUUCCCCAAAGCCGCCAAUGUAUGGGAGGACAUUCUGGUAGAUCAUCCCACUGAUUUACUGGCGCUGAAGUUUGCUCAUGAUUCCUACUUCUACGUGGGAGCCCAGUUGCCAAUGAGGGACUCAGUGGCGAGGGUUCUACCCUAUUGGAAACCUCAUAUACCUUUGUCCAGCUACCUCAAAGGGAUGUACUCCUUUGGUCUCCUGGAGACUCGACUCUAUGACCAGGCAGAGAAGAUAGCUAUGGAGGGCCUUGCUAUGACUCCGGAUGAUGCUUGGUCUGUCCACGCUGUAGCCCAUGUGUAUGAGAUGAAAGCAGAAGUGGAUAAAGGCCUGAAGUUCAUGGAGGCUACCCAGAAUGACUGGCAGAUAUCUGAUGUGCUGGCCAGUCAUAACUAUUGGCAUUGGGCGCUAUACUUCAUAGAGAAGGGACAGUACGAAGCUGCCCUGAACAUAUACGACUCCGAGGUGUUCAAACGUUGUAAAGCCACCGGUUCUAUGCUGGACACUGUGGAUGCCUGUUCGAUGCUCUACAGACUGGAAAUGGAGGGUGUGUGUGUGAAGGACCAUUGGCGGGAGCUUCUCCAGGUAACACAGCCUCACACCGACGAUCACGUGACCCUAUUUAACGACCUCCACUUUCUCAUGGUGUCGCUCGGAGCUAAAGAUGCAGGAACUUCCCGGUCUCUCCUGGAUGGCCUCCAGGAAUUGGCUAAAGAGCCUGGGGAUAAUCACCAGCAUCAGUUAGCGAAGACUCUAGGUGUACCUAUGUGCCAGGCCAUGAUGGAGUAUGACCAGGGCAACUACAGUCAGACGGUGGACCUGCUGCACCCUUUACGCUACCGCAUAGUUGACGCAGGGGGCAGUGAUGCACAGAGAGACCUCUUCAAUCAACUGCUUAUUCAUGCAGCCAUGAAGUCAGAGAAUAAGCACCACCAGAAACUGGGAAGAUGUCUGUUGGUUGAACGUGAUGCUAUGAGGCCAGACUCCCCAUUGACAGAGCGUCUGAUGCAGAGAGCCUUGGCUCUUCACGACUAGACUCCAUGCAAGGUGCACAGAACACAUGCAAAAAACAUCAAAGUGUCGUGAUAAUCCAGCGUGCCUCUAUUUGGCUUUGGGAGACCCCCCUUUUACCAAGAGGAGCUUGGCAGUGUUGUUAAGAGUGCUGAAACCUUCUUAUGCACUCUUCUCAGUUAAAAGAUUGAUGCUGUUAUAUAUUCUUUAUCCGUUCAGCUUUUUCAUGUAACAAAUUUGCACAUUUUCUCAAGUCUAUGAGCCAAUAGUAAUCUCACAUCGUCAUGAUAUUUUAAUGCAUGAUUAUAUGUUCCAUAUAAGUUCAUUUUCAGUAACUUUACAUUAAUAAUAAUAUGUACUUAAAACCCCUUUAGCUUUAUCAGCCCGCCCGCAGGCCAAAAAAAUUGUAUUAAUAUUCAUCUACUAUAAAAAUAUAAUAAAUC